AUGGAGGCUCCUGACUUGACCGUGAAAUCAAAUCAACCAGAUUUACUACAGAUGCAUCCGGCACCAUCGUGGAAGCGAUAUGAAUCAGAAGAGGAAGACGUGUCAGAAACCAGCUCGCAGAGUGUCUUCUCGCCAACUGAAGGCGAGACCGGCAGCCAUGACGAGGACGAUGUCGACGAGUCUGCCAGCGAGGCCGAGGCUGGAAUGCUGUCUCCAUCGAGACUGGAGUCGCCAGAUGACUCGUCCAGCCUUUAUUCAAACCGUCUCUCGAUUACAACUGCAAAACGCAGCAGUGCGGCUACCUAUGUUGCCCAAUAUCAGGAUCAAGACAACGGCGACGUGUCUCCUUGCACCGAGUAUGUAACCGCCCCGGUAUCUCCUUUCUAUUUGUCGCCAGUGUGCUACAUGCCGGAAGUGUCUGGAGACUAUCCCCGAGAGGAACUCAUACUCGCCAACGAUAUCGAUGAGGAAGUAACACAUGAUUCUGAAUUGCACGAAGUCUUCGAGGCCAGGGAGGUCGUCUUCACUGCGCCGGCUUCGAGACCCAGCAUUGUCAUGAUCUCCAGUCCCACAACUGAAGCAAUUUUAUCUGCUCGAAUGGGUCAUCCUACGUGCAAACCGGAGGGAAAAAACAAUAUCCUUGACCGUCCGGUUAAUGCCGGCAAAAGAUCGUCAACGAAGAGGUCAUCAAGCGCAUCAGGCAUGAGCCCAGUAGACCGUCCUAAGCGCUAUUCGGCCAUGGUCUACCGUGACUUGAACCAGAGUGGCGAGGUUGCUUACAUUGAUUCUCAGAGUCAUAGAUACACCAAUUACGGUCGAGACGAACCCCAUCUCAAUGGUCUUCUACAAGCAAUCGGUGUACGCCAGAUCAUGGAAUGA